UUCACAAAGCCUUUGAAAAGUUCAAACCCUACAAAUCUCACUCUCUCCCUCUCUUAACAACAAAUCUCUCUCUUUCUUUCUCUCUCUUUCCGAUAAUGGAGACCAGAUCCGCCCGUAGACGACGGCUCUCCAAUUCCCACAACCAAACCGGCGUCGACUACAUCAGCCACCUCCCCGACGCCGUCCUCCACCACAUUCUCACCUUAUUGCCCAUCAAAACCGUCGCCCAAUCCGCCACUCUCUCCUCCCGCUGGCGCUCUCUGUGGUUCACCUUACCGGACCUCGACUUCUCCAAUUCCAUCUUCAAUUCCAAUUCCAAUUCAAACCCAGCCGACAUCAUCGCCGGAAUCCUCAACGCCCGCGACCACAAACACUCCAACGUCCGUCUCCUCCGCUUCUCCGCCACUCUGAGUUUCUCCCGCCUCAACGCUCUGUUCCGCAUCGCCGUCCGCCACAAAAUCCAACACCUCCACAUCCAAGUCUCCACCAACGAUUACUUCAAUUUCCCACGUGGCAUAAUCGCCAGUGAUUCCUUGAGGGUCUUCAGCCUGCGUUCCAUCUACCCCGGGUUCCGAUUGCCGCCGUCGUCCAUCAUGAGCUCUGGCUUCCGGCUGCUGAGUUCCCUCUCUCUGGCUCUCAUGAUUCUAGACCGCCCCUCCUUGGUGGACCUAUUCACCGACUCCUCUUUCCCCCUUUUGAAGAAAUUGAAUCUAGAGAGCUGCUCCGGGCUAAUGAAUCUCCGAGUUCAGUGCCCGGUGCUGCAGGAUUUCAGCCUGGAAGGGUGCUUCCAGCUGCAGGGGCUGGACGUUUUGGGGGGGAAAUUGGAGAGGGUGCGGAUUUGUAGCUGCUUUGACGCGCAUGGCUCGAGCUGGGUUAAGAUCGUGGCGCCCAAUUUGAAAACCCUGGUUUGGAUCUAUAAUGCUGUAACGGAUGAAGUUAAUUUGGGGGAUUUAAAGUCUCUGAAUCAAGCCUCUCUUGGUUUGCUUUGUCAACAUUUUUCCAAUACCAAGCUCCACAGUGUCUCCGCUCUUCUCUCCGCCAUCUCUCCCGCCCACUCUUUAACCUUCGAACCUUCCUUCCUUGAUAUUCUAUCCAGCAAUACUUACUUUGCAUGUUAUUUGCCGACAUUCAACAACGUAAGAUGUUUGGAGCUGAAAACAGUAUCUAGAAAGCACAAUUGUUCGGUGGUAGCGAAUAUAUUCAGAAGUUGUCCCAUUCUUCAUAUGCUCACGAUCAAGAUCGUUGAUGCUAGUAGCAAUGGAAGGAAGGAUUGGCGUAAGGAAAAGUGGGAAAGGAUUGUUUCGGAGGAAGAACAUUUCUGGGAAACCCAAAUCGAGCCACUCGAAUCCUUUCGUCUUCAUCUUAAGAUUGUAAGAAUGGAAGGGUUCAUGGAGUGCUUCAAUGAAGUUAGCCUCACUCACUUCUUGCUCAAGUAUGGGACUUCAUUGCAAGAACUCUCCAUUUUCACUAACAAAACCAACCAUAGAGAUUCCCUUAAACGUCGAGCCAUUAAGUCUCUUAUCAUGGGAUUCUCUCGAGCUUCUCCUCAUGUUAAACUUCGUUAUUGUUGACAACAACAACAACCCUUUUAACGUUUU